AGGAAGGGAGAGAGGGAGGGAGAGAGAAAAGGAGGCCGGGGGUCCUCGGGGGCUUGGUCCUGGUGGUCCUCUUCGGGGGAGGAUGGUCUGGCGGCUGGGUCUGGGCUCGGCGGGGCCCCCUCUGCUGCUGCUGCUGCUCCUGGCGGGGGCCCCGGGGGUCUCUGGCCGGAAGCCCCCCAAAAGAAAGUGCCCCACGGGCUGCACCUGCACCAAGGACACGGCCCUCUGCGAGAGGGUCAAGGAGAUCCCCGCCGACCUCCCGCAGAACCUCGUCUCCCUGUCUCUCAUCCGCUCGGGGUUCACUGUGAUCUUAGAGGGCAGCUUUCACCAAGUGCCAUCUCUUCAGCUGCUCUUGAUCACAUACAACUCCCUGGAACUGAUUGGGGACGACGCCUUUGCGGGACUCGUACACCUGGAGUAUCUAUUCAUUGAGCAAAAUAGUCUUGAAGUGAUCUCCAAGAAUGCCUUCAGAGGCCUGAAGAAUCUUCUCCAUCUAAAUUUGGCCAACAAUAACCUGCAGACAUUGCCAAGACACUUGUUCCGGGGCUUGGAUUCUUUGACCUCAGUAGACCUGAGGGGAAAUGCCUUCCACUGUGACUGCAAGUUGAAAUGGUUGGUGGAGUGGUUGAGCCAAACCAAUGCUUUGGUAGAGCCUAUAGAGUGUCGGUCACCACCCGAACUAAACCGUACUAGCGUGAGUGAACUCCGUCCUGGGGAAUUUAACUGCAUCACCACUGACCUUGUCCUCUUUGAUACCUUGCCUGAACAGUCACUCUCAGUAGAAACCUUCACCUACCAUGAAGAACAGAACUUGGUGGUUGCCCAGCCUUUCACGGGACGCUGCAGCUUCUUAGAGUGGGAUCACGUCGCAGGGAAAUUCCGCAACUAUGCCUACAUCAAUGGUUCCUCCACAGUGGUCUGCAAACCCUUGGUGAUCGAGGGUGAGCUCUUUGUGGUAGUGGCCCAGCUGUUCAAAGGCUCACACAUCUACAAACGGCAUGAAGCAACUGGCCAGUUCCUGCACAUGCAAGUGAUUGAGAGCUCACGCAUGCGUAAACCCAAUGACAUUGAGGUCUUCCGAGUGGAAGGAGACUGGUAUUUCAUCAUGGCUGACAGCUCCAAGGCUGGCUCCACCACGCUAUACCGCUGGAAUGGUCAUGGCUUCUAUUCCCAUCAGUCGCUGCACCCCUGGUACCGUGACACAGAUGCCGAAUUUCUGGAGAUUGCCGGCAAGCCCCACCUCAUCCUGGCCAGCAGCUCCCAGCGCCCUGUCAUCUACCAAUGGAAUAAGAAAGAAUUUGUGCGCCGUACUGAUAUCCCCGACAUGGAUGAUGUCUAUGCGGUCAAACAUUUCAAAGUCAAGGAGGAUGUGUACAUUUGCUUGACCCGCUUCCUGGGUGAUUCCAAGGUGAUGCACUGGGAUGGUUCAAUGUUUCGAGAUGUCCAGCAGAUGCCUUCCCGGGGCUCCAUGGUCUUUCAACCGCUGACCAUUGCCGGCUACCGCUACGCAUUUCUAGGCAACGAUUACUCCUUCAGCAAAGUGUACCGCUAUGAUCCCAUCACUGGGCUCUUCCAACAUUUCCAAGAGCUAAACACCCAAGCCCCACGCUCCUUUGCUCACCUCAGCGUGGACCAGCGAGACUUCCUUAUUGCCUCCAGCUUCAAGGGCAAAACGCACAUCUACCAGCAUGUCAUCAUCGAUCAGAGUGCCUGAGCCUGGUGAUGGCAGGGUUGGGGGUGUCAGUAUAGGAGACAGCCACGAUGGGAGAGAGAGGAAGCACAGGAGUGGACAGUCAAGUCUGCCCCUGGAGGAAGUGCAGUGCCAAAGGAAACCACUAGGGGGCAGCACUGGAAGCAGAUGCUGUUGAGAGUGCAACUUCUCCAGUGGCCCUCAAAUGGGGAGUACUGGGUAACAGCUAGCCAGUGGGUGGAAGUCAGGCAACCGAAGAACUAUAAUCAAUUGCUAGUGAGUGCAAAGAAUGGCAGGAGGAAUCAUCAAUAGAAUGCUUACUUUGAUUGUGUUGCCCACUAGUAAUAAAGGGAUCCUGCAGCUUCUGGAGAUGGCAGGACCUCGGUGCUUUCAGUGAGGCUAAACUCAAUGUCCUCAUCAGUGAAGAAGCACAUAGGUUUGGAGAGGCAGAACUUUGCCUGUAAUCACUCCAAAUCUUGUCUCCAACAAGUUACUUUUCCCCUAACUAAGGAGUGGAUACUUUCCCGUCUGUUUCACUUCUCAUCCUAACUUGAGAUGCUUGUUUUGUUUUCCGUUCCCCCUUCCCAACCUUCAUUCCCAUUUAAAGGGGUUUGGUGGGAAACAUUACCUAUCGCUUAUUUUCCCCGCUUGCUUGUUUUUACUGCAAAUUAUUUUCCUUUGAAAAUGCAUGAUUUAAAAAAAAAAUCCAUGCAAUCCAGCACAAGGUAGUUGCAACUAACAGUGCAAUCCUAUGCAUGCCUACUCGGAAAGCUAGGUUGUACAGGACUGCAGCUUAAUCAUCCUUUAAGGCACAGCAAAGGACUGUUCCAGGCUUUUACUGAAGCAAGCAGCAUGAUCUCCAUGCAUGUUCAUAUGGAAAUGUCAUUCCAUUUAGUGGCACGUAGUCCCAAACAGAGGUUGCAAUUACUGGCUGCUCAGUUGCAUCAGAUGUGUUUUAACUGUUAUUUUCAAUCUUACACUUUAUUGUUUGGUUUUUUAAAAAAAUAUGAUUUCAGGCGUUAUGCCAUGUCAGGUUGUUAAAACACAACUAAAAGCACAAGCUUAACUGUAAGCACACAAAGAUCUCCCUUGAUAUGGAGGGAGAGUGGUUGAGAAAGAAGUACAAGAGACCACAGGGUAGGUUGGACUCAUUGACAGGAUGGGUGGAUAGAAGAGAAUAUGGUACUAGAAUAGAUUUUGUCAUGGAGGAGUUGGAUAUGGCAGCGAACAAAUACAGUAUUUAUCCCUUACCUGUAAAUAACCAGCAUGUUGUUCAGAUCCAUCAGACCUUUCUCCAGUAGUGGGCAGCACUGAGUACAAGGCGUACAUAAAUACUAAUGUAUUUAAUUCCCAUACUGGAAUCAUGAGGAUGUGACGCUGGGAUCACACGGGUGAAGAUGGAACACACCACAAGAGGUCUCUUCCGAAGGACAGACUGAUAUCCUCUUCUGUCUCUCAUUCAUGAUGUGGGAUCCCACAUAUGAGCAUUGUAAAUAAAUAUACAUAUAUAUAUUG